AUGCUAAGGAGCAGACGAGGCAAAGCGAGCACCACCAGAGGAGAGGAUGAUGAGAAUGAGGAUGGGCAGGGGGAGAAUGAGGGGCAAGAGGAGGAGGAGGAGGAGGAGGAGGAGGAGGAGGAGGAGGAGGAGGAGGAGGAGGAGGAGGAGGAGGAGGAGGAGGAGGAGGAAGAGAUCUUAGCAAUGGCUGGCGAGAGGGGAGUGAGGGAGGUGCGAGUGAGGGAGGGCGAGUGGGAGGAGGUGGGGGCUUGGAUGGUGAAGAUGCCCAGAAUGGAGGAGUCAAGGAGGCUGGAGGAGCUCUGUUAG